AUGCGUCGCCUCUUCCCAUUCACCAGGCGUCUUCUGAUCCAGCCGCCGUUGCCAUCGCUAUCACGUCAAUUCCCCCGUCGUCUGCUAGCAACGACGGGGAGACGCCUCAGACCUUCAGCAACAUUGCCACCCUUGUUCUCGCCGUCCGCAGCAAACGCAGACGCAGACGCAGACGCAGACGCAGACGCAGAAGCAGACGCAGAAGCAGAAGCAGAAGCAGACGGGAACAAGAUGGAGGAUCUUUGCGCAGCUCACGACGGACUCUCGCAGCUGGACAGUUUCAGCCUGUACCUCCGGCAGAGAAACAUCGACAAAUGGGGACUGGUCGUCUACCGCUGCUCUUACAAAAAUGACGCGGUCUGGGCUCGUAUCAAGGAAGUCAUAAAAUCGCGCAUACUAAAGUCUAUCUCGAAAGGCAACCGUGGCGGCGAAAAUGGGGAGGAGCAUUCAGCGCCAUGCAAUAUUGCCGAGACCAUGGACUGGACGUUUGUCGAAGACCAGGCCUCGCUGGACGGCAUUUCCACUCAUGAUCUCCGCGCACGCUUUCUUGCCCAGCGGCGAGAAGAAUUUUCUCGAGAGCAGCUGCGAGCGCAGGAUGCCGUUCCGAGUUCUCUCGCCCAAGACACGUUUGAGAGCGAGGCCCGCUAUAACUUCUUCAUCAAGAUUGAUCAAGAUGUGCUGCAGCAGGCUGUCAAUGAGGGUAUUGAAGACUGCAGUGUGGACGACGAGAGCCGGCUCUACUCUGUUUUUGUCAACAUUGUCAACGCCAACUGGACACCAGAGCAGGAAGAACAACCCGAGCGGGAUCCAGAUACUGGGUCGGAUCAAUUUGCCCCCCUAGAGGGCUUUACACAUGAGCACGUUGGCUGGUACAGAGCGUCGGUGAACAAACUAGACCUCGAGUUUUACGAGAAUCUUUCGGCGAUAGAUCUCACUAGUAUGUGGUAUAUUGACUAUCAACGACCACCCGAGAUAGUUUACGGGUAG